AUGAUUAUCUCUCGACUGGUCAGAUGUUUCCUGCCGAAGACCAAGGUCUUUGGCCUGGGAGGCAGCGUCAUGGAAAAGAUCUUUGUCUGCUGUGAUAUAAUAUCAUUCGUCGCCCAGAUCGGUGGCGGCCUCUUGACUUACAGCAGCAAACCGAACACGGCCAAGACAGGGGUGCACACAGUGGACUUUGGCGUGGUAUUCCAGCAAGCAUUGAUUGUCUUCUUCCUUGCCUUGACCGUGCGGACGACGCAGAAGAUUGAUUGGGUCAUGCCUCGUUGCCGAAUUUCCAAGGCCGCCAAAACACGAAUCUACGCUGUGCAGAUCUCAUUGCUCUUAAUCACGUACCACAUCUUGACCCUCAUCGUCGAGUUCGCUUCCGGUUCAGGCAGUAGCUUGAACACAUACAUUAACAACCACGAGUGGUGCGUGUAUGUCUUUGACGCCGCGCCAAUGCUCUUCGCCUUGUUUUGUGGUGAAUACCUUCCAUCCCGGAAACGUGCUUUCCACGGGGAACAUUGA